UCCAGUAGCAGAUCGAGUAAGCGGUGUUCUUCCUUACAGUGGUAUCGGCGCAGAGGCAGAGCAGAGGAACGAUGGUGGCGUUGCAGGGGUACCACCAACCUUCGACAAUCGAGGAAGUGAGAACCCUAUGGAUUGGGGAUUUGCAGUAUUGGGUGGACGAGGCUUACCUCAACCACUGUUUUACCCACACUGGUGAGGUUCUCUCCAUCAAAAUCAUCCGCAACAAGAUUACGAGCCAACCCGAGGCUUACGGUUUCAUCGAGUUUGUUUCCCACGCGGCAGUGGAGCGCGUGCUCCAGACCUACAAUGACAUGCAAAUGCUCGACACCGAACAAACCUUUAGGCUCAAUUGGGCCUCUUUCGACAUCGAUGAGCGCAGGCCCGACGCGGGCCUAGAACAUUCCAUCUUCGUGGGCGAUCUUGCUUCCGAUGUAACCGAUUUUCUUCUCGAAGAAACCUUCUGGGUCCACUAUCCCUCCGUUCGCGGCGCCAAGGUCGUCACAGUGUUGUAUUUUAUAUAA